ACAGUCUGCAACUGCUGAAUAAACAGCACUGAAGAAAAGCUACUGCUUGAGACUUCCGCAUGAGUUUAAAGCUGCAUUUAAUUUACGAUGUGUCAGAUAUAACUGCAUUUAUACAAUAUACAGAAAAUGUGUUUUGCGUCACGUGAUGUCUGUCGUUCUCAAACAGAGCUGUGCAUGCAUUCCUGAAGAUGAAGAUGAUGAAGAACAUUCAUUGAGGGAUUGAAUUUAACGUUUUGUACUGCCGUUGUUUAACAUGUGUCGGUGGAAUGAACUUUGACCAAUUUGUGAGGUAAUGGCAAGGUUUAGGCGAAAAUCAUGUUUUGUAGUUAUUGCUUUAGCUUUGGUUGUUUUUAUAAUACCAGUCAUUCUAAAGUCUAUGAAUCUAGAAGAUAACAGUUUUGCUUUAAGACUCAAUCCGUUUUCAAGAGAAUCGGAUCGAGGUAUCAGGCGACCAACUUCGGCUGAAAGCCUGCUGAAGAAAAUGCAAGAGUUCCCCGAACCAAAUUAUAAUGUGCAUGCAUUCUAUUAUGCAUGGUAUGGUAACCCACAGUUUGACGGAAAAUAUAUUCACUGGGAUCAUCCAAUUUUACCUCACUGGGACGCAAAAGUGGCUUUAUCUUAUCCCACCGGAAAACACAAGCCUCCUGAUGACAUUGGGACAAAUUUCUAUCCUGCGCUGGGGCCAUACAGCUCCAGAGAUCCAUAUGUUUUGGAGGAACACAUGCAACAACUGCGUAUGGCUAGUGUUGGUGUUCUUGCAAUUUCAUGGUAUCCACCUAAUAUGAAGGAUGACAAUGGUGAAGAAAUUGAUGGCUUGGUGCCUUUGAUUCUGAAUGCAGCUGAGAAAUAUCAUUUGAAGGUUGUUUUUCACAUUGAACCAUACAAAGGACGUGAUGAUGUAAACAUGCAUGAAAAUACUAAAUAUAUUGUGGAGAGGUAUGGAAAGCAUCCUGCUUUUUACAGGUACAAAACAAACAAAGGCAAGUUUCUUCCCUUGUACUAUAUAUAUGAUUCCUACAUAGAAAGUCCAGAUGUUUGGGCACAGCUACUAAAGUCGGAUGGUAAAAACACCAUCAGGAACACACCAUAUGAUGGCAUCUUCAUUUCUCUUCUUGUAAACGAGGGACAUAAACAAGACAUACUGUAUGCUGGAUUUGAUGGAGUCUAUACAUAUUUUGCAACCAAUGGUUUUACCUAUGGUUCCUCGAAUCACAACUGGAGAUCCAUUAAAAGCUUUUGUGAUUAUAAUGACUUGAUAUUCAUACCAAGUGUAGGCCCUGGUUACAUCGACACUAGUAUUAGGCCUUGGAACGCCCAAAAUACAAGAAACCGCAUUAAUGGGAAAUAUUACGAAAAUUCUUUUAAUGCGGCACUGGCAACACAGCCACAGAUCAUUUCCAUAACGUCUUUCAACGAAUGGCAUGAAGGAUCGCAAAUUGAAAGCGCUGUCCCCAAGAAAUGGGGAAAAACUGUGUACCUUGACUACCUUCCUCACAAACCUACAAUUUAUUUGGAGAUAACGAACAAAUGGGCCAGAAAGUUUCGUGAGGAGCAAAAGAAAUGGCUGGAGUUGGAGUAAAAGUUCUUCAAUUAAGCGAUACUCCUAAAAAAAAUCAAUAUUGGUCUCAGAAGUACUUAUUAGGGCAAGGUUUGACUACUUUAAGUUGUGUGCGUUUGUUUCACUUUGUGUUUUAUAGGUUUUUGCCCAUGUCUAGAAAACUUAGAUCAGUCAUAUUGCACAUGAAAGCUGUAAAUAAAAUGUGGUCUUGCUUUGCACUACAAUAAAUUAAGGAAUUAAUUAA